AGUAAAUAUAGAAUAUGAAAAUAUAAAUAUUACAUUAAACAUCUAUCGUAAUAUUAGAAUAAGUAGAUAUGCAAUAUAAAAAAAAAGUGAAUGUGCAGUAGAAGAAAUACAAAUAUUACGUUAAAAUAUUAUCUCAGUAUUUUUAUUUAAUAAAAAAAUUAGAAUAAAUAAAUAUGCAAUAUAAUAAUUAAAAACUAAACAAUAAUUAAAUGUACAAUAUAAGAAAUAAGAAUAUUACAUUAAAUAUCUAGCGUAAUAUUAGUAUAAGUAAAUAUACAAUAUCGAAGAAAUAAAUAAUAAAAAAAUAUAUAAUAUAAGUAGUAAAGGUAUAUUACCUAUCUAUCUGAAAAAUGUUAAAUAAAAUAAAUAAUAAGUGAAUAAUAUAUUAAAUAUAUAUUUUAGUAUUACCAUUUGCUAUAAAACAAUAAGAAUAGUUAGAUAAUUAAUAUUUGAAAACUAAUAUAGUUCUACGCGUAACGCGAAUUAAUCCCUAGUUAACAUAAACAAAAGGUAAAACUGAUUUCUCAAGUAAUAUUAUAGAAAUUUGAAAUUGAGAAAAUACUGCAAUUAUCUUUUACUAAACCAAAACCCAAGUAAUAUUCCCUCCUAUUUUCUUUUAGCCACUGGCGUGCGUACUCAAUCGAUUGCGUAUCACUAUCAUCUUAUCGAAAUUCCAUUUGACUUGUCUAAUAUGUCCCACGUCUACGUUAAUAUACAAAAUCAACAAACCAAAGUCUGUCAACACAAAAGUCUCCUCCGUCUCGCCCCUUCCUGUACGAAGGACGACGCUUUCUCUCGAACGCCAUAGCCAAAAUAAAUUCACCAAAGUCUGUCAACAGAGUGAGAACGGUACAUAUUGUGCAUCUUUGUGGUUAUACAUUGAUCGGAUAGGGAUUCGUGAUGUCAAUCAGAGUCCCCUCGGCUUCUAGAGGUUUCAUAUUAUGUAUCAUCUUCUUCGAGUCGUUCCCAGGGACAAUACUUGCACAAGACGUUAGACUAGAUUCGAUUCUGAUUUUCAAGACGCAUGAGUGGUUCUCGACCAAGCCUAUAGUUUAUUUCCAAUGCAAAGGAGAGAACAAGACUUUGUUUCCCGAUGUGAAGACAACGAACGUGACUUAUUCUUUCAGUGGCCAAGAAUCUUGGCAGCCACUAACAAAACUUAAGGGAACAAAAUGCAAGAUAUGUGGAAUCUAUGAGGAAGAUACCUUUAGAUAUGAUACAUUUAACGAAUGGGAGCUUUGUGCUUCUGAUUUCACACCUGAGGGUACAUACACACAUGCUAAGGAGAAAGAUUUCAAUGCUACUUUUCUCUGCCAUUGUUGCUCACAACUCGGAGCUGGUUUGAAUAAAGAUUCUGGCACUGACAAGGAAGAAGAAACGCGAAUGCAUCAUGCAAUGGUUGUACUGAUUGUAGUACUUGUGUUAGGUGUAGUUGCGGUGGGUCUUGUGUUAGGUAGUACGUACUGGCGAAAGAAGAAGCGGCAACAAGAGCAGACCCAGUUUCUGUUUGAAGAUGGUGACGAAAUGGAGGACGAACUUGGCCUAGACGAUACCUUAUGAAGCCUAGACAUUGAACUCAAUGUCACCUCUCAUGUACAUACACAGCUACACAGCUCCUUGUCUCACAAACAUUUUGUUUUCGUCUGAAAAUAAAGAGGAGAAAAUGGAAACCACAGUGUUCCUUCAAAGAUACAAACCAUUUGCUUCCUCCAAUGACAAGAAAAUCACUUAUCUA